AUCCGCCAGUACAGACCAUCCCCCAGCCCCGCUGCACGCAGCCACGAGGAGAACACCCUCUAAGAGCGACCAGAGCCACUAACCAGAUUAUGACCUUUCUUAUAUCUUAUAUUUCUUUCUUUCUUUCUUUAAAUGACAUUAGUUGCAUAACUAAUAAUGCUGCUUUGAGAAGAAACAGGUUAUGAUAUGAUUCGAUCUUGUCGAAUCAUUUUCAUAAACCCUAAAAAUAAGAAUCAUCAAGAAUCUUUCAACGCUUUUACAACCUACAAGGCAUAUACACUGCCAAUAUAAAAAUCAACUGGUAUAUGUAUUAAUCCAAGAAGAAAAGGAGAAAAAAGUAGCGGCUGAAAAAUGUUACUGUAAGAAAUUGUAGAAUAGAUAAACUAUCAGUAGGUACCUAUGGGGAAACUGUUAGCCUUGAUCUGGGGCAGGAAAGGAAAAUCAUCAAAUUCCGAGAGAAAUUGUUGGAUUUAUUCUGUUAUAUUGAAAAAAUAUGGUUUUAUAUGAUAAUAACAGUGUAAUUUUACAGUUUUUUUCAUCAUUUCCAACACUUUGUGAAAGCAGAUAUGUACUAAAGUCUUGAAUAAAACAUUCACUUCAGGUAACACCCACCUGAGCACACACAAAGCAUGUGUCAGUGUGUUUUAUGGUUGGGCCCCGUUUAAUUAUUUACUCCUAUCUUUCUCAGCCCAUACCGGUGUUGAUUACCACCUCACUGAGCUGCCUUCUCUCUUCAGCUCCACACCCAAUCUAACUCUCAUUUCUUUCAGAGGUUGCGGGACUUUUUCAGAGAGAUUUAAGGCCUGCAGACCUUCUCUGGAUUCAAUUCACAGUUGCGCUAUUCUGGAUAUAAACAUGUCGGGAAUGAAUAGUGAUCAGCUGCAUCGCUCCACCUUGGGGAUUUACUCGAGCUUGAUUAAUGAGUUCAACCCAGGCCUACAGAAACUGGUUUCACUGGGGAACAGUUACAUCCAAGCCUUCAAGGCUCUUGCUGCGACAAGUGACGCUUACUUCAGCGCACUUUCAAAGGUUGGGGAGAGAGCCUUCCACACUGCAUCAUCACGCUCCAUAGGAGAUGUCCUGAUUCGGGUUUCUGAGAGCCAGCGAAGACUCGUCUUAGAACUAGAGGGAGUGUUCCGCUCGUUCAGUUUGGAGGUUCUUGACUCCAUGGAAAAAAAUGUCCGAUUAGACAGAGACUACUUAUUGGGCAGCAGGGAAACAUAUGAGGUGCAACUCCGCAGCCAGGCAGCAGCUCUGGAGAGACUGAGGAGGAGACCCAGCCAGGCAUAUCCUCAGGGUGGUAGUGAGUAUGUGGACUUCCUCAGGGAGAGCCAUAACCAGGCUCUGCAGGAGGAAGAGAGAAGAUACCGCUUCCUGGCUGAAAAGCACUGUGGCCUGAUAGAGUCCUUCACCAAAUUCAUGAAUAAGAACGGGGUUACUCUCCAGCAGCAAGCUGCUGCCUGGACAGAAGAGGUCGAUGCCACCAGACGACCGGAGGCCCACAGACCUGCAACUUUGGACAACAUUGUGGGAAUGAGGGAGGAGGAAAUCAGAAGGAGCAGAGACGAGAUGCCCCUCGGCAAAAUACCAUCAAGAGCCCCAUCUCCACAGGGAAGCGUUUUUCGCUUUGGAGCAGACUCAGCAGGAGGUGGUGGUGGUGGUGGUGGAGGACGAGUCAUGAAGGCCCGGGUGGCCCACCAGCCUGCUGGAUCCAACCCCACAUUGCUGACCUUCAACAGGGGACAGAUAAUUAAUGUGCUGGUCCAACAGCCCAGGAACGGCUGGCUGUUUGGACGUGCCGACAACAGCCCACGUCAAGGAUGGUUUCCCGCCUCAUUUGUGGAAGCAGUGGACGAUCCACCAGUGUCACCCGCCCCCAGUAGAACAACUCUUAGGAGCAACAGCAGCAUGAACAGCCUGCCUGUCAGCAGUCAGAGUGGGGCCGCGCCCCCUCCUCCUCCACCACCGCCGCCGCUGCAGUCACCAUCUUUGAAUAAACCACAGUCGCCAUCUAUGAAUAUGGCGCCACCUAUGAAUUCAAACUUGUCUAAUUCAGAAAAUAAGAGAUCGCAAGUGAAUGACUCCCGACCGCAGCUCUUCCCAAAGGGUACCAAUCCGUUCGCCACGGUUAAGCUGAAGCCCACGUCCACCAAUGACCGAUCGGCUCCACGUUUAUAUCGAAGAUGACAUCUUGACCCUGAAAUAAAUGCUUUUAUUAGGCUUAGCAGUUCGUUAUUGACCUUGGCAGUAUAUACUGUUAAAUUCUGAGGUAAAAUCGAGUCUUUUUUUCCCCUUUGUCACACAAAAUGGGACAAAGAAGAAACAAGUCUGAAUAAGGACUUGAGGUGUGUGUUUAUGUCAGAUCUUUUAAAACUUGCGUUAAAUGGUUUGUAAAGUAGUAAGAAUGAAUCACUGUAACACAAACCAGUGGGUGCGUUGAUCACAACGGGUCUUAAAUCAUCAUUCCUCUCCUGUGAUGUUUACGUCUUUCUGCCAAGAGAUGACAUGCGAACGCUUUUAACUUUGUCCUUUUUGGAAAAUACUGAUCGCUGUCUGUGACGUGUAUAUAAUGUACAGCUGAUGUUAGGAAUCAGAGCCAAGAUUGUGUUAAUGUAAAGUGUAUCUUUCAUUAUGGAGGAUAACUCAGGGAGGGUGCUCGAUGCCAUGCAGCUGCUUUAAUUAUCUUUUUUUAAUGUUUUUAUAUUGCACCUCCACCAUUUUCCUCCACAUGUUCAACAUGUGAUAUUAAGUCCAUUGCUAAAUAUUAAUUGUACUUCAAAUGUACUUUAGAAAAUGAUGAUAUAACCGCAGGCACCUAAUGUAAUAUUUUAUAAAAAUAGGAUGAUGUUCCUGAGAUGGAAUGUACUGAAUAAUGUAAUGUAUUAAAGGAUAAUGUAAUACCAC